AUGUUGGCGUGGUCCAGCCGCUCGGGUCACGUAGCGUGCAAUUUGCCGCCAAAAUGGAAAAACGCGGGACUGUUGUGUUAUGGUCAGUCGUUCGAAGUGUUUGAACAAAGUUAUUCAUCAUCGAGGGUCCAAAAACGAGCUAUAGUUUUUGGUUCUCCAGAAUAUUAUAAAAACCCUUGUAACUACACAGCGCCGUCUAAGCCAAACUUUUCAGCUCCUGGCAGGCGAAUUAGUCUAGAAAAAUGCCAUGAUUAUAUUUGGAUGAUAAAUAAUAUGAAAAUGAAUGAAGCACAAAGUCUUGCCUGUGGACUUUGGCUAGCAAACCAACAAGGCAUUGGCGGCGCUAUAGGAGGGAGGCCCGCGAAACCUGCAGAAUUUCCGCAUAUGGGCGCUUUGGGAUGGAGAGCAGUUGUUGGAACUUGGAUUUUUAAGUGUGGCAGUUCGUUAAUCAGUCCAAAAUAUUUAUUGAGUGCCGCUCAUUGCUCGAAGGUUCCUUCGCGAGAUACUAGCGUCGCUAAUGUGUUUCCAGAGAUUGUUAGACUCGGUGAUAAGAACAUACUGGACGUGACCUACAAUGAUCAAGAUCCAUACGAUGUAAGAAUUAAGAGGUUCAUCAAUCAUCCAAACUUUAAUCCACCAAGAAAAUAUUUCGAUAUUGCAAUCAUAGAAUUGGAACAAACGGUGAAAUUUUCUCGUUUCAUACAACCUGCCUGUGUUUGGGGAAACCACGAUUUUAAUGUGCUUGGCCCGAAAGGAACAAUAACUGGAUGGGGCAUUGUUGAGACUGGAGGCCAAACCGUGUCGCCCGACUUGCAAGUCGUCUCGCUAGACUUCAUAAAUUCCGAUACCUGUGACAGACUGCUAUUCAAGUAUAGAAGUAGAUUGUGGCAGGGUUUGGAAACACAUCAAAUGUGCGCGGGCAAGCUGGCUGGUGGGGCCGACGCCUGUCAGGGUGAUUCCGGAGGACCACUACAAGUGAAAAUACCAAUUCGAAAAGAAAAGGCAUUAGCUAUGCAUUUCUUACUAGGAAUCACAUCAUUUGGUGUGGGAUGUGCUAAAGCUAACGUUCCAGGCGUGUAUACUAGAGUAUCGAGUUUUGUUGAUUGGAUUGAAGACGUUGUCUGGAGAGGACUUUAA